AUGGGCGACUCGCACGGCUUCGUGGCGGACGAAAAGACUGUCGCCGGCUCCUCCAAGAGCUCUCGACCGGCCACCAGCGGGCCACGGUACAUGCAAACCUCUGGCAGCAACGUCGUGCUGGUCCGUCGCCUGAAGCGCAAGGACGAAGGGCUCUGGAAGCCCCUCGCUCGCUGGUUCGUCGAGAACCAGGUUGGCUUGUCACUCAACCUGCUCGCUCUUCUCUUCCUGGCCCAUGCCUGCAUUCCCAAGGCCAGAGUACACACGACCAAGUUCUUCCAUCUCUCGUACUACAACGCAAGGACGGGCAAAUAUGCUGCCGGAUUUGACGAUGUCUGUUUGAUUGCCUUCUUCAUUGUCCUCUUCACAGGCCUCCGAGCCGGCACCAUGGACUACAUCCUGGCGCCGUUUGGCCGACUCUUCGAAAUCAACAAGAAGAAGGACUUGACCCGAUUCACGGAGCAGGCCUGGCUGCUGGUCUACUAUCUCGUCUUUUGGCCGACGGGCGUGUAUCUGUACUACAACUCUCCCGCCUGGCUCAACAUGAGGGAGCUGUGGACCGACUGGCCGAACCGGGAGAUGGGUGGCCUCAUGAAGUGGUACAUGAUUGCUCAAUGGGCGUUUUGGCUGCAACAGAUUAUUGUCAUCAACAUUGAGGAUCGACGAAAGGACCACUGGCAAAUGUUUAGCCACCACAUCAUCACCACGGCGCUGAUUUCGUCGUGCUACUGCUACCACCACACCCGCGUUGGAAUGUUCAUCUUGGUCAUCAUGGACGUGGUGGAUCUGUUCCUCCCUGUGGCCAAGUGUCUCAAGUACUGCGGCUACACCACGCUGUGCGACUACGUCUUUGCCCUCUUCAUGGUGUCAUGGUUUGUGGCACGCCACGUCUUCUACAUCAUGGUCUGCUGGUCCAUUUACGCGCACACCCUAGAAAUCAUGCCCAACGGAUGCUUCGUUGGACCAAACGACUCCCUGGUUGGACCAUUGGAAGCCCCCGCCGGCUUCACGUAUCUGAUUGAGCCCUUCUUCAACUCGACAGGGCGUGUGUGCUACAACAAGACGGUCAAGUGGGCUUUCCUCACGCCCCUCCUCCUGCUGCAGGGCAUUACGAUUUUCUGGUUCACCAUGAUUGUCCGCGUUGCCCUCAAGGUGCUUAGCGGAGGUGGUGCGGAAGAUACUCGGAGCGACGACGAGGCUGACGAAGAGGAGGACGAGGAGGAGCUCAUCUACGAGGAGGUUCACCCAUUGGAGCAGGAGGUUGGAGUGGAGGAGCUGGACCUCAAGAGCUGGGAGCGACGAAACGGGCUUAAGAAGCAGGCUUCCGCCAGCGGAGUCAGCCUACCGGGACACAGCGACCGCAAGGAGCUCCUUGGCCGUAUUGGCUGCGAGAAACAAGUGGAAUGA